UGCUUUCUUACUUUCUUUCUCUCUUUCAUCCUCCUUAGUCGUUGAACGGCACAUCUUCUUCGCAUCCAUCCAGGCCUGGUGUCAUCCUUCCGUUCAUUUACAUUCACUUUUGACCUUCAACUCCAACACUCAUUUAUCCGACCGUCUGUGUGGAAGCAAGUAUGUUCAGCAAGCAGUUCAUCUCUUUCGUGGCAGUUGCCAUUUCCCUGCUGUCUGCGUCUGAGCAAGUCCUUGGACGCGAGCGAUGGCUUGAGAGGGACAACAAGGCGGUCUUCCUUCACCCUCGUCGUUUCGGGCAGGAGAACCCCGCUGUGCUCAGCCAGUUGAGUUCGGCAUGCGAUGGUGGAGUUUGCGCUACCCUCGCGGGUCAGGCGAUCUCGACGUUGCUUGCUGGUGCUGAUGAAUGCGCUCAGCAGGAUAUGGCUGAUCAGAUAAUUGAUGCUGCCCAGCAGUUUGACGAUGCGACUAAGCAAAACAUGAUUAAUCUUGCCGUGCAAUUCCGCCAGGCAGAGAAGAACACGCCUCCGGAUUUCACCACGAACCCUCCGACGAACAGGAACUCCGUCUUCUGUCAGAAGGCACCAGCAAACGCAGAACUUAAUGGCCUCGUCCAAGCACAGGACCCAGCCAACGACCCGAACAUCUUCUUCGACCCUGCUACGAAGAGCAGCGUUACGCUGGGCAGCCAGCCAAAUACGUUCCCCUUCGGUACGGCUAGUUCCGCUUCUGCGUCUGCUGGGAACGCGACGAACGUUACUGCGAGGGCCGUUGAUGAUGCCACGGAGGAUGAUGCAUGUGAGUCGAGUGUAGUGACUGUCACUGUCUCUGCAACUAACAAUGCCGCUGCUGCUGAAACUGGUGAUUGUACUCUUGUCACAUUGACUGUUGGUGCUGAUCCGACUGCGACUGCUACGAACGCGGGCGAUGCGCCGGCAGCUACAAGCACUGCUGCUUCCGGCAUCGGUGACUUCGGUUCCUGCUCCGUCCCGCAAAUCGAAUUCGGUACAGGUUUCGACAACAGGAAGGAGACGAGUUUCGAGCCUGUUGACGAGGCUUCGUUCAACCAUGGAUCGGCGCAGAACAUUGAUAUCAUUACGCAAUUCAUUUGUGAUACUUUGACGAACAGCUGCGGUGCAGACCAGACUGCGAAGGAUACCUGCAAGACCGCCCAAGCUGCUGCUGAUGCGCAGACUCCCAAGACUGGUGCUCAGGCUGAUGCAUUCAAUGCUGCCUUCGGCAUUACGACGAACUUCGCGAGCGUUGCGGCAGUCGAUGACCAAGGCAACGUCGUCGCUGGUACAGGUUCUGGUACAGCUGCAUCUAGUGCUGCUGGAUCUGAUGACGCCGCUGCGUCAAGCACUGCUGCUGCGGUUACCCCUGCAGCUACGGAUAGUUCUAGCAGCUCUAGUAGUUCGUCAACGAGCACUGGUGCUUCUUCGGGUGCUGCAUCCGGUGUUGGUGACUUUGGCUCCUGCUCUGUCCCGCAAAUCGAAUUCGGUACUGGUUUCGACAACAGGAAAGAGACGAGCUUCGAGCCUGUCGACAAGACUUCGUUCAACCACGGAUCUGCACAGAACAUCGACAUCAUCACCCAGUUCAUAUGCGAUACGCUGACAAACAGCUGUGGUGCGGACCAAACCGCAAAGGACACUUGCAAGACCGCUCAAGCCGCCGCAGACGCACAAACUGCAAAGACUGGUGCUCAGGCAGACGCAUUCAACGCUGCGUUCGGUAUUACCACCAACUUCGCGAGCGUCGCAGAGGUCGACGACCAGGGUAACGUCGUCUCCGGUACUGGUUCAGCCGCUUCCGGUGCAGGGAACGCAAACGCUGGCAACGCGAACAACAACGCUGCCUCCAACGCUACUCCCGCUGCGUCGUCUAGCGCGGCUGCAGCAACUGCCACGGCUGCCUCCAACUCUGGUAACUCUGCCAGCGGUUCGUCGGCGGCGAGCGGAGGUAACUUGCAGUCCUUCACUGGUAACCUUGGUGCAUCUGCUCCGGCGGUGACGGCCCUUGGGAACGGCCAGUUCCAGGUAGACGGAAACUCGGCGUUUAACAGCCUCCAGAACGCUCUUACUCGUUCUUGCGACGUACAGCACAACCAAUGUGCCAACGCUGCGAACGCCUCAGGAAACCAGGGUGACCUGACAGUCGAUGCAUGCGGGCAGCAGCAAGAUCAAUGCAACGCGCAAGCUCAAUCAGCCUCUGCGUAAAAAUUUGUUACCUUGGCAUCUUGCAUCUUGCAUUUCUCUCGUGCGUAGAGUUAGAACUCUAUAUACUUGUCUACCUGUCUACCUGUCGCAUGACGGACGGAUUUUAGUUAUUAUUUGACUGCUGGAUACCACCCACCCCCUUUUUAUUGCUGUUUCUCCUGUAUUCUUACGAUUGCAUUGGUUUUGAUUUUUGAAUUCUUUCUCGUUUGGCUUGACUUGAUUUUCAAUGAG